CUCCCUCCUCACUCCUGUCGAACGCGAGCAUCAUUCUAGAGACGGGAGCUCCAGCGCCGUUUCUCUAAGCACUCUCUAACAGCAGAAAUGAGCCUAACUUUGUCACUCUGAUCUUCAAGAUGCCAUCCAGGAGAGGAAAUUCGGGUGGUGGAUGGAGUGACCUCACAGCCGCCAGGGUCAAAUCGACUCCUCUGCCCCGCAUGAUCAAAUGCACGAAAUGCGGAAAAAAUAAGAGUGCGGAAGCGUUUUCUAACAAGCAACUGAACCAAGUCCGGGCGUCCGUCGCGAAGUUUGGCCAAGGCGCCUCCAUUCCUGGGGUCAGAUGCACUGCGUGCACUCCGGGGGCCCAAGAGCAAGGCACCUGCGUCAUGUGCCACAAAAUCAAACCCUUGCUGGAAUUCUCAAAGCGGCAACGUGGGGAAGGCGACCAGAAGAAAUGCGAAGAGUGCAUGGAGGAGCACCUGGUCCUGGCCGACGUGCCAAUGGAACACGAGGUCAACUCUGUGCCGCCUAGCAUUGAGGACGGGUCCGAGACGGACGAGGAUAGCUCGUACAAGACUGGACUCAGCUCCCGCUUGGGGACCCUUGAGAUUUCGAGUAACUAUACGGGCGAAUCCAAGGAUACCACUAGCAAGCCAAGUGGGAUUCGACUCCCGGUAGAUCUUCAGUCGUUCCUCGAAUCGGAUGAGUUGUUCGAAAGCUCCACGUCGAAGAGCAAAGCUUCCCGACGUGGCUUGAUGAUCGGCUUUUCGAACGCCUCAAAAGCUCCUCCUCAUGCCACUUCUUCCUCUGCCUACGAUCCCUACGAUGCGCCGUCUCAGGCGGACGACGAUGCAAUCAACCGAGCCACUGCGGCGAUGCUUCAAGCCGCCCCCGUGCCCCCGCCCUCUGGUGCAAGCCGCUCAAAAUUCGCCAGAGUUAAGGCGGCCAAGCCAGUUCGGUCCGGGAAGUCGGGGUUUUCCGAUGACGAGAAGUCUGACCAUGGGGAUUGGAGCACCGUUGACUCGGACAGUGAGGAUGACGAGCUCCCGUGAGCUGAUGCGCUUGCAUAGCACACCAAGGUGAUUACGAACAGUACUUUUUCUGUGAUGCACGAUGGCAUCGGGAUACUCAGUGAAGAGAGCUUGGAUGCUUCAAUCGAGAAACUGCACAAUUCGCGAUGCGCUAGGGGUUGCGAAAGUCCAAGGCUUCCUUUCUCCGAAACCAUCAAGGUGAUUUGACAGUCACUGAAUGGAAUUCUGGGAUACUGGGAUGCUUGAAUCAUGUAUUACCACCCAAUUGCGAAGAGCCAGCGCUUC